AUGACAGUUCGCAGAAGCUUGGCAUUGAGGCUGUUGAGGAAAGGAAUGUCGCAACCAGACGAGCUCUCUUUGAAGCGUUCUGGCUGGAAACAGUGGUGGAAUAGUUUAAAUUACGAUGCAAAGGGUAGUUUGAAGCAUUUGCAACAGAAUCUUAUGGACCAAUUGCAGUUUGAUUCCGGGAUAUCUGUCGAAAAUUCGAUGCUAUUGGGCGAGAUCAACCAAUGGCGGAUCUCGAAUCCUACGGCAAAAGCAGUGGGGGUACCUACUUUGAUGAUCCAUGGGUAUGCUGCAUCGUCAAUGACAUUUUUCAGGAAUUUCGAGCAGCUUUCGUUGUCCUUGAAAGAUGUCUACGCUGUAGAUUUGCCCGGGAACGGGUUGUCGAAAGAGUUACCUCUCUCAGUAGACUCUAUGCAAAAACCUGACAGAGUAGAGUUCAACGAAACUGUGAAGGGUCAGUAUUUCCGUUUGCAGAAUCCGGUUGAUGAAGAGAAAUAUAAGAAACAUUUGGCUCAUUAUGAGGACUAUUACGUCGAUGCCUUGGAAAAAUGGAGAAAGGAAAACAAAUUGUCCAAGAUUAAUUUGGUUGGCCACUCGUACGGUGGCUAUCUAACUUUCAAAUACUCUUUGAAAUACCCAGAUAACGUCCAUAAACUAUGUCUUGUGUCACCACUUGGUGUGGAAAGAAGCAUAUUUUCUAUCCAUAACCAUUUGGAACCGGAAAGAGAUUAUGAAAUACAAUCCGAAGACCCUAGCAAAUCGAACUACUCGAAUAAAAGAAAUAUACCAAAACUUAUCUUACAAUACCAAAAUAAAGCUCUAAGAUGGAUGGGUCCCCUGGGAGCCAAAGCUUGUUGGGGUUAUGUGAAUAGCUCUUAUGGUAGAGUUCCAAGCGUCCCUUACAGGGAGUACGUGUUUCAAUUGGUUUUCGGUAAGGGAAUUAUGACUGAUACCUCUAUCAGAAUAUUCAACCAACUAUUCUCAAGAAGCCUGUUAGCAUAUGAUCCGAUCAUGGAUUCUUUGGAUAAAGUUAAAGUGUCAAAAUUGAUGUUGGUUUAUGGUGAACACGAUUGGAUGAAUAAAGUCGCUGGAAGGCUGGCGAUAGAGGAGUUCAAUAGUAUAAGAAAAAGCUACGAUGGAACUUUCGAUAUCGUGAGUAGAGCUGGUCACAAUUUGGUUUUGGAUAACCCAUCAGAGUUCAACUCCAAAUUGGUCGACUUUCUAAGGGAUUAA